AUGGCAGAAGGGGGCUGUGCAAAGACGGAAGAGGAGGAAGCCACGGGCUCAGAGGAGGAUCUGGGUUCGUCUCGUGGCAGCGGCGUGUGUAAAUGGUUCAACGUCCGGAUGGGUUUCGGGUUCCUGUCGAUGACCAACCGAGAUGGGACACCGCUCGAGGAGACUGUCGAUGUAUUCGUUCAUCAGAGCAAGCUGCACAUGGAGGGCUUCCGUAGCCUGAAGGAGGGCGAGGCGGUGGAGUUUACCUUCAAGAAGUCGUCUAAAGGCCUAGAGUCUGUCACGGUGACGGGGCCAGGGGGAGCACAGUGUGUGGGCUGUGAGAAGACACCUAAGGGGCAACAGAAACGACGCUCCAAGGGGGACAGAUGCUACAACUGUGGAGGACCUGACCACCAUGCCAAAGAAUGCCAGCUACCUCCUCAGCCCAAGAAGUGCCAUUGCUGCCAGAGCAUCAGCCACAUGGUGGCCAACUGUCCAAUCAAAGCACAGCAGUCCUCCCCUGGCUCUCAGGGAAUAGCAUCAUCAUUGAGGGAUGAGAAAGAGGAGCAGAGCCACGCCCCCUUACUCCCCAGGGAGAGCUCUGAUUGA